UUCAACUAUAUUUUCCUCUCUCUCAACCCAUAACCCCGACGAUUGAUACUUUUCCCAAAGGUUUUCCGUUGUGGCGCCGCUUGGUCUAGGCCAAGCGUCGUCGCAAAAUAUGGACUAUCCAACAUCCAUUGUGCCUUACCAUGACCCUUUUGAUGAUUCUCAUUCUAUUGACCAAAUUUCACUUUUUGAUGAAAAUCCAACCAUUGGCCUUCCAAAAUCAUCAUGGAAUCAAGAACGCUUUACAUUUGAUCCAACAAUUUUGAAGUCUAAUAAUGAUUUUGAUGGUGAUUUUGGUGUAUAUGAUCCGUUCGAUGAUCCAAUUUUGCUAGACAUUCCAUAUGAAUGUAACAAUUAUUUGGUUGAAAAUAGUACUAAUACUGAGUCAGGAGUUUUCGGGACUAAUUACUGCAGCAUUUCACAAGAUGGGGUGUUUGAAAAUAAAAGUCAUGUCUCAGUUUGGCCGGUGUUAUCAUCUUCAUCUAUGUGUACUAAUAAUUGCCAAAUCCUAAGAGAAAUAACACAUUCUAAUGGCUUGCAGAUAUCUAAGCUUGAUAUUUAUGGAACACUAGGAAGGAUUAGUCAUGCAGUUCUUGAGAAAUACACUACAGAUUUUUCUUCUCAAAGCCAUGAGUCUUCCCAAAUAAUUGACUUUAGCAAGGAUAGUACAAGUAGUGUGAAGCAAUUUUUAGUUCAAUAUUUUGAGGCUUGUAAGCUUGAAGGUUACAUUUUGCUACAAGAUCCACUCUGUGAUUUCUAUGAAGCAUUAGGUGUUGGAUCUGAUGAUGGCGAUAGUCUUGACAUCGAUAGUCUUCUUCAGUUAUCUCCAACAACUUCCCGUGAUUGCCAAAUGAACCAGCAAGAGAUGAAAAACGAAGGCGAGGUGAACUGCAAUGACAUGAGACAUGAAAAGAUUCCCCUUUCUGCACAGAGGGAAAGAACUGGAAAGUUGAGAUUGAAAGACUUUGCAGGAUAUCUCCAUCUUCCCAUUGAGAUAGCAGCUAAGAAACUGAACAUAUGUCCUACUGUCAUGAAAAAGGUUUGUCGAAGGGAUGGCUUGUUAAGAUGGCCCUAUCGAAAGAUUAAAAGCAUUAGGAGGAAGAUAUCGAAGAGAGAAAAGAGUUUAAGCUCUAAUGAUGUUGAAGAAAGGGCGAGCGCAAAGGCAGACAUAGCAAAGUUGGAAGAAGAACUUGCCAAAAUUUUUGAAGCAUUUGUUAGCUGAUUUCACUAAUUAUGUUUAAGUUAAAUCGCAUAGGUUAUCUCUUAUGAGUUACUGUAUUAGUGAUGUUCUACCGGUUUUGCUUAGAAGAUUAGCUAUUCAUUAAAUCUAUACUGUAUUUAUACUUGAGGCGGAUUCAAAUGUACAA